AGCAGUCAACUCUACAAUCAAAUAAUGUUGUGAAUUUGACUUUACUGACUUACUUGUGCAUGUGUUAUAAAAAAAAUACACUGAAAACAUUUGGCCGCUAGACCCUGACUGAAACUGAGCCAUAAUGCUAAGUGCGGACGAAGAAGCCUUUAUCGCCCAAGUGAGGCCACCACCCGCCGCCCACAAACCAGCCGAAUCCCGAGCCAAGUUGACCGCUGAAGAACGGAGUGUGAAGAUUGCCUUGGGGUUGGAGAAGAAGAAGUGGUGCGAUAAACGAGCCGUGGAUAUUGUGGAGCAACUCAUCGAGACCCACGUGGACCCCGAGCGACUCCGACAAUGGGCGGCCGAAAUCAACCCCGAGUACUACGACGAUAUAGUGGAAGAGCGAUCCUGCGUCCGAUUAUGCGGCUAUCCUUUGUGCUCCACUCUCGUGACCCAAGUCCCUCGGCAACGAUUCAAAAUUUCGACCUCGGCUAAUAAAGUCUUUGACAUCACGGAGCGGAAGAAAUUCUGCUCCAAUCAGUGCUUCAAGCGGUCGGUCUUCUUCAAAAAUCAACUGGCCACCUCACCUCUAUGGCUUAGGGCCGAUGAUCCAGAUUCGGUCCCACCUCCGGUGGUCUUUCUAGAUGAAACCCAAGCACCGUCCUCCUCAAAGAUAAAUGGCUUGGGCGAAGAGAUCCAAGUGGCCACACUCACCAAAGAUGAUGUGGAGAACUUCAUUGACGAGGAGCCUGAGACCCCCAUCCCGCCCUCAUUUCCCACCCAGCCAGAGCGGUCGUUGUCCUUUGAGGACCUCCAGGUAGAUGUAUUAGGGGAGAAAAUGGCUCAAGUUCAAUUGAGUCCGAGAGCCAAACCGUCCAAGAAUGUGGCCAAGGUCGAGAUUCCAUCAUUGGACAAAGUCGAGCGUUCUCUCUCGGAAUGGGUCACUUUGAGCACAAUCCAGAUGCUCAAAGGCGAGGACUUUUUGCGCGAGACCAUGGUCGAUAACGAUAUGUCGGUGGCCAAUGUGGCUCAAUGGGAAGUGUUCAAAAAGGCCAAUGAAAAUCCGGCUUUUAAGAGCCGAUAUGUGGAAUUGUGUCGGAAAUUGCGACUCCAGGAAUUAGAGGAAGAGGCCGAAAAUCAUAUGAACACAAGCUCACACGAGCCCGAGGACAGCUUAAAGCCCAUGCCCAAUUUCCACGAUAUCAAAGAGGAAGUGGAGGAGCAAUCUCUGAAGGUGAACUCCUUUUGGCAAGGGAAGACCAUCAUUGAAAAGCACGUCAAGAAGGACGAGCACAACAUGGAGGAAGAUCAAAACGUGGAGGAAGUUCGUUUCCUACCCUUGGUGGAUCGACACGCCCAAGGAGCCUUAAGGCGUCGACUGGUCCAUGAUCAACUAGACCGGGUGUUCCCGGACAUCCUGUCCUUGUUUGGAAUUCGCCAUCGUGAUAUCAGUGACAGAUUGUCGGAUUUGGUCACCACAUUCGAACUUACUGCCAAGAAUAUUGUGCUCCAAAUGACCGAUUGGACCCUCAUGUCAAUUUACCUGUUAAAUAUGUUAGCGUACGUGGAUCUGGAGGUCAAGGAUCGUCUACUAAUGGGCAAGAACCGCAAAAACCUCAAUCUCAUUCUACUUGGCUACCAAACCACCAUAGAGCAUUUGAACGCUUGGAUCGAUUUCACCCUUUCGGAUAUUCAUUCUGCCGUUAGAAAGUUGGACUUUUGAUCAUCGAGAAUGUCAGUUAUCAAUUCAUCAUACAGAAACGUAUUAUUAUAUUUUCUUCCAACGGA